UGCUUUCCAAAAUGGCGCUGUCCUUGAGCAGGCAGAGUUCAGCUAUACUGAAAUCGCUGAACGCAGUUUGCUCGUUGCCCAGACAACGGACAAUCCACUCAACUGCAGUUUGCUGCAAGAACCGUGCAGCGCGAGUUCGUGUGGGGAAAGGCGACAAACCUGUGACUUACGAGCAAGCCAAUCCCCCUCACUACAUUGCCCAUCGCAAAGGCUGGCUGUCGCAUCAUACUAGUAAUCUGGAGGGGGAGGAGGGUGCUGCAGAGAGGACAAUAGAAGACGUUUUUGUGCGCCGCUUCAUCUACGGCACAUUCCAUGGCUGCCUGGCAAAUGAGGUGGUCGUCAAGCGGAGGGGCAACAUGCUGGUGAUCUGUGCCCUGCUCCUCCAGAAACUGCCCCCCCAGAAGUUCUACUUCCUCAUCGGCUACACAGAGACUCUGCUCUCCCAUUUCUACAAGUGCCCUGUCAAAAUGGAAGUGCAGACCCUGGAGGAGAAAGUGGUGUACAAAUACCUUUGAGUAUGACCCCCCCGACCACUGUCCUCCCAUUUAAAAGACUGUUGUGACACACAGAGGACUCACACUUCUCUUGGAUAAUACAAGGUUGCGUGGCUUCUUGUGAAUUGUACAUUUGAGUAAUAAGUAUAACAUAAGUAUGUUUGGGUCCAUGCUCAGUAUGUGCUGGUUCAAGAUUGCAGGAGUGUUCUAUCUGGACAACAAAAACAAAAGCGUCUGUGAGUCGUAACAUCUUUUGCCCUUAGACCAUAUAGAGCUAUUCUGUUGUCCCUUAAGAUGCCCCAGAUCAUGUCUUGGAAAUGUGCCACACUGGUUCCAUUAUGCAGGAGACUAGUUUAUAUUGGACAAUGAUGUCACCCCC